CCCGGUUCUGAAGCGGAGCCCAGACCUCACCAAGUCCCCGCUGACCAAGUCGGAGCAGCUCCUGAGGAUAGACGACCAUGAUUUCAGCAUGAGACCUGGCUUUGGAGGUCCGGCCGUUCCCGUGGGUGUGGACGUGCAGGUGGAGAGCCUGGACAGCAUUUCAGAGGUGGACAUGGACUUCACCAUGACACUGUACCUGCGGCACUACUGGAAGGACGAGCGGCUGGCCUUCCCCAGCUCCAGCAACCUCAGCAUGACCUUCGACGGGCGGCUGGUGAAGAAGAUCUGGGUGCCCGACAUGUUCUUCGUGCACUCCAAGCGCUCCUUCAUCCACGACACCACCACGGACAACGUGAUGCUGAGGGUGCAGCCCGACGGGACGGUGCUCUACAGCCUCAGGGUCACAGUGACUGCCAUGUGCAAUAUGGACUUCAGCAGGUUUCCCCUGGACACGCAAACCUGUUCGCUGGAAAUCGAAAGCUAUGCCUAUACCGAAGACGACCUCAUGCUGUACUGGAAAAAAGGCAAUGACUCCUUAAAGACAGAUGAGCGGAUCUCGCUGUCCCAGUUCCUCAUUCAGAAAUUCCACACCACCGCCAAGCUGGCCUUCUACAGCAGUACAGGCUGGUACAACCGUCUGUACAUUAACUUCACAUUGCGUCGUCACAUCUUCUUCUUCUUGCUCCAAACCUACUUCCCCGCCACCCUGAUGGUCAUGCUGUCCUGGGUGUCCUUCUGGAUCGAUCGCAGAGCUGUGCCGGCCAGAGUGCCCUUAGGUAUCACCACGGUGCUGACCAUGUCCACCAUCAUCACGGGCGUGAACGCCUCCAUGCCCCGCGUGUCCUACAUCAAGGCGGUGGACAUCUACCUGUGGGUCAGCUUCGUGUUCGUGUUCCUCUCGGUGCUGGAGUACGCGGCCGUCAACUACCUGACCACGGUGCAGGAGCGCAAAGAGCGGAAGCGUCGAGACAAGCUGCCCUGUGCCUGCAGGCUCCCUCAAGCUCGGCCCGUCAUGCUGGACGGCGGCUACAGUGAUGGGGAGGUGGACGACCUGGACAACUUCAUGCCAGAGCCUAGGGAGAAGCCCGACAGGAUGAUGGUGCCGCCAGCUGUGGCCUCGGAGAGGAAAAGUUCAAGGAGCAAUUACGUGAGCAUGAGGAUCGACACCCACGCCAUUGAUAAGUACUCCCGGAUCAUCUUCCCAGCCAUGUACAUUUUGUUUAAUUUAAUAUACUGGUCUAUUUUCUCCUAGAGACCCUGGAGUCCACAC